AUGCGUCAAAGUUUACUGAACUUUACAUUAAUACUGGUUGUUGUAAUUGGGCAUCUGAUCCUGUCGCCUUAUACAAAAGUUGAAGAAUCGUUUACAAUUCAAGCAAUUCACGACAUCCUUAAAUAUGGCAUAUUGGAUAUUUCGAAGUAUGAUCAUAUUAAAUUUAGUGGUGUUGUACCACGAACAUUCGUGGGUCCCUUGAUUAUAGCUUUGCUCACAAAGCCCUUUUCAUGGAUCAUGGAGAUGUUGCUCUGGAUAAUGAAGGGAGAUUCCUUGGACGGAAUGAAUUGGUUACUUCAAUACAUUUCCAGAGGUAUAAUUGGAUUGUUAAAUGCGUUGGCUUUGAACAUACUGAAUGAGACAGCUAGUCGAGUCUUGCUGGAAACGCAACAAACAAAUUCAAAGACAAAUAUAAAGACAUGGACUAGCAGAAACUGGUUCGUCCUGUUUCUGGUAACACAAUUCCAUAUGAUGUAUUAUGCAUCCAGACCGCUGCCAAAUUUUGUGGUGACUUUACCACUAUCAAAUAUAGGCUUAUCUUGGGCACUUGAAGAAUCUUACGAAGCUGCAAUUGCCUUACUAUCGUUUACCGCUAUAGUGUUCCGACUGGAAUUAGGUGUUCUAUGUUUUGGAAUUGCAUUUUGGUCUUACGUCUACAAAAAGGUAACUAUCAAGAAUAUUGCAAAGUUUGGAUUGAUCGGCCUUGGAAUUGGUAUUAUGCUUUCGUCAAUCAUAGAUUCAUAUUUUUGGCAGACGUGCUGCGUGCCAGAAAUUAGUGCUUUUGUGUUCAAUGUUAUUGAUGGGCAAUCUUCCAACUGGGGAACUGAGCCAUUUAUGGCAUAUAUUUCUACAUAUCUUCCUAAGAUCUUCUUACUACCAACUUUUCUGCUGUUUGGGGGGUUGGGCUUCAAAGUUGCACCAAGAUCAUUUCGGAUUAUUUUAUUGGCCUCCAUUCUCCAUAUCUUUGGUUUAUCAUUGCAGCCACAUAAGGAAUGGAGGUUUAUUAUCUACACUAUUCCAUCAAUUACAUUGCUGUGCAGUACUGGUGUUGCAUCUUUGAAUAGUAAGUUUGAUUUGCAGUCUAUUCAAAAUUCACUAGUCUCAAGCAUGCUGCUGAUAUCUGUAGUGAUACCUUUAGCUGCUAGCUUGGGGUUUUCUUUCGUGUCGUCUAUGAACUACCCCGGUGGAGAAGCAUUGGCCAGUUUCAAUGACUAUGUUCUUUGCAACAACAUUAGUAAUGCUACUGUACACCUCGAUGUUCCAACUUGUAUGUCCGGAGCCACUUUGUUUGGUCAACUUCCGGAGAAGUUCAAUAUUACAUAUGACAAAACAGAGGAUUACACUCUUGAAAGCAUGUGGCCCUCAUUUGACUACGCAAUCAUGUUGAAUUCAGCACCAGAACCGCUCCUUGUAAGUACCAGCUGUAGUUGGGAAUUGUUGCGUUCUUCUGAGGACCUGAACGCUGAACAGGCACUUGUAUCAACCAUCGACACCAGCCUAAGAUCAGCAAUUAGAGCUAUAUAUGAGUUUCAGUUUAAAAGGUUGUUUUCUUUAAUGCGUAUUGUGGCCAAGAAAUUUCUCCACAAUGGGGAUUGGUAUAUAUACAAGCAAACAUGUCAUAACCCCAACCCACAACAUAUCGAUAAGUAA